AUGUGUGAGUCUUCGGCUUGUUGGAGUUUCUCACAGUCCACGGGCCAAUGGGAGGGCUGGGAAGGGCUUUGGGGAGCGCAGGGCUGCCACAUGCUCAAUGAAGUGUUUAUAGCCGUGGGGACAAUGGCCGUGCCUCUGGGGAGCAGGCACACGUGGGUGUUAGUGAGGGCCGACCGCGAGAAAGGACCGACGUGCAGCCACUUCCACCUGUUUGAGGAGGCAGGCUCCAACUUGUGGAGCCGCACAACAGUUGAGAUGUCUGCCUGGAUACCACAGAUACCACAGAUACCACAACUCACAAUGAGGAAUCAGCACACAACAUUGUGUAGGAUCAGCAUUUUGGAAAGGAAGUGCACAGACAGAGCAGUAAAGCUCUGCUCAGCUCUGGAGGGCCAACUCAGCAGUGGGACGACCAGCUCAGAUAUGUGGGACAAAACGGUUUCCUUCUUUACAAUAAAGAGGGCCCCAAUUUUCCAUAAUGGCUACUCCAAGUCCUCCAGAGAGGCCAUGAGGCGGUUUCCCUCACCUGCUGAGGACGUGGCACCAUUGUGCUGCCAGUGA